AUGGAGGCAACUGGAGGGAUGGUAGCUGGAUCCCACAAAAGAAACGAGCUUGUUAGGAUUCGCCAUGACUCUGAUAGUGGGCCAAAGCCCCUGAAGAAUUUGAAUGGGAAAAUAUGCCAGAUAUGUGGAGAUACUGUUGGAGAGACUUCGAUGGGUGACAUAUUUGUUGCUUGCAAUGAAUGCGCCUUUCCAGUUUGCCGUUCUUGUUAUGAAUACGAGCGCAAAGAUGGAAGUCAGUCAUGCCCCCAGUGUAAAACUAGGUACAAGAGACACAAAGGGAGUCCAAGAGUGGACGGUGAUGAUGAUGAGGAUGAUAUUGAUGACCUGGAGAACGAGUUUAGUUAUUCUCAGGGAAAAAGCAAGUCUCGAUCUCAAUGGCAUGGGGAUGAUAUUGAGCUUUCUGCAUCUUCUAGACAUGAUUCACAACAGCCCAUCCCUCUUCUUACCAAUGGGCAACCAGUUUCUUGUGAGAUGCCUCCUUCUAUACCGGACACUCAUUCUGUCCGUAGUACAUCAGGGCCAUUGGGCCCUGGUGACCGUGUUCAUUCACUUCCUUAUGUUGAUCCUCGGCAGCCUGUUCCUGUUAGAAUUGUUGACCCUUCCAAAGAUUUGAAUGCUUAUGGACUUGGGAAUGUCGACUGGAAAGAGAGGGUUGAAGGUUGGAAACUGAAACAAGAGAAAAAUACUGUGCAGAUGUCCAACAGAUACAGUGAAGGGAAAGGAGGGGACAUUGAAGGCACCGGGUCAAAUGGAGAAGAAUUACAAAUGGCUGAUGAUGCUCGUCAACCUAUGAGUCGUGUUGUGCCCAUUUCUUCUUCCCAUCUUACCCCUUAUCGUGUCGUGAUCAUUCUUCGUUUGAUCAUCUUGGGAUUUUUCUUGCAAUACCGCUGCACUCAUCCCGUGAAAGAUGCUUACCCUCUGUGGCUUACAUCUGUUAUUUGUGAGAUUUGGUUUGCUUUGUCGUGGCUUCUCGACCAGUUUCCCAGAUGGUACCCUGUUAACCGCGAGACGUAUCUUGAAAGACUCGCAUUGAGAUAUGAUAGAGAGGGUGAGCCAUCUCAGUUAGCACCGGUCGAUGUGUUUGUGAGUACAGUGGACCCCAUGAAGGAGCCUCCUCUUGUCACCGCAAACACUGUGUUGUCCAUUCUUUCUGUGGAUUACCCUGUGGACAAAGUCUCUUGUUAUGUAUCGGAUGAUGGUUCGGCAAUGCUGACCUUUGAGGCCAUGUCUGAAACUGCAGAAUUUGCCAGGAAGUGGGUUCCCUUUUGCAAGAAGCACAAUAUUGAGCCGAGGGCCCCUGAGUUCUAUUUUGCUCAGAAAAUAGAUUACCUGAAGGACAAGAUUCAGCCUUCCUUUGUGAAAGAGCGAAGAGCGAUGAAGAGAGAAUAUGAAGAAUUUAAGGUAAGAAUCAAUGCUCUUGUUGCGAAGGCUCAAAAAAUGCCUGAAGAAGGAUGGACGAUGCAAGAUGGUACUCCUUGGCCUGGAAAUAAUACUCGGGACCAUCCAGGAAUGAUUCAGGUCUUUCUGGGGCACAGUGGUGGCCUUGACACUGAUGGAAAUGAGUUACCCCGACUGGUUUAUGUUUCUCGUGAAAAGCGUCCUGGAUUCCAACAUCACAAGAAAGCGGGUGCUAUGAAUGCUUUGAUUCGAGUCUCCGCUGUCCUCACCAAUGGAGCAUAUCUUUUGAAUGUCGAUUGUGACCACUACUUCAACAACAGCAAAGCUCUUAAAGAAGCCAUGUGCUUUAUGAUGGAUCCUGUUCUUGGGAAAAAGACUUGCUACGUGCAGUUCCCACAGCGAUUUGAUGGCAUCGAUUUACAUGAUAGAUACGCUAACCGCAAUAUUGUCUUCUUUGAUAUGAAUUUGAAAGGGUUAGAUGGCCUUCAGGGCCCAGUUUAUGUGGGAACUGGGUGUUGCUUUAAUAGGCAAGCCCUGUAUGGUUACGAUCCUGUCCUGACAGAAGAAGAUUUGCAGCCAAACAUUAUUGUCAAAAGUUGCUGUGGUCCGAGGAAGAAGGGGAGACAUGGUAAUAAGAAGUAUGUUGAUAAGAAGCGAGCAGUGAAAAGAACCGAGUCGACCAUUCCUAUCUUUAACAUGGAGGACAUGGAAGAGGGUGUAGAAGGAUAUGAUGAUGAAAAGUCACUACUUAUGUCGCAAAAGAGCUUGGAAAAGCGCUUUGGACAGUCUCCAGUGUUCAUUGCUGCCACUUUCAUGGAAAUGGGAGGCAUUCCACCAUCCACAAAUCCCGGAUCUCUUUUGAAAGAAGCAAUCCAUGUCAUCAGCUGUGGAUACGAGGAUAAGACUGAGUGGGGCAAAGAGAUUGGUUGGAUCUACGGUUCUGUGACGGAAGAUAUUUUAACGGGGUUCAAGAUGCAUGCACGAGGAUGGAUCUCGAUCUACUGCAUGCCUCCUCGCCCGGCAUUCAAGGGGUCGGCUCCUAUCAAUCUUUCGGAUCGUUUGAACCAGGUGCUUAGGUGGGCCCUGGGUUCCAUUGAAAUUCUACUGAGCAGGCAUUGUCCCAUAUGGUACGGCUACCAAGGCAAACUUCAGCUCCUCGAGAGACUCGCGUAUAUAAACACCAUUGUUUACCCACUCACCUCCAUUCCCUUGCUCGCCUAUUGCAUUCUCCCUGCUAUCUGUCUUCUCACCAAUAAAUUCAUCAUUCCCGAGAUUAGCAACUACGCGAGCAUGUGGUUCAUCCUGCUGUUUGUGUCCAUAUUUGCGACGGGCAUCCUCGAGAUGCGGUGGAGUGGGGUUAGUGUGGAGGACUGGUGGCGUAACGAGCAGUUCUGGGUCAUCGGUGGCACCUCGGCCCACCUUUUCGCUGUUUUCCAGGGCCUUCUGAAAGUGUUGGCCGGGAUCGACACCAACUUCACCGUGACAUCCAAAGCAUCGGAUGACGAUGGGGAUUUUGCUGAGCUGUAUGUCUUCAAGUGGACGUCACUCUUGAUUCCCCCGACCACAGUGCUCAUCCUCAACAUGGUGGGGAUUGUGGCUGGGGUCUCGUACGCCAUCAACAGCGGUUACCAGUCAUGGGGCCCGCUCUUCGGGAAGCUCUUCUUUGCGAUAUGGGUGAUUGUCCACCUGUACCCCUUCCUCAAGGGACUGCUCGGGAGGCAGAACCGCACACCCACGAUUGUGAUCGUGUGGUCCAUCCUGCUAGCCUCCAUCUUCUCCCUGUUGUGGGUGCGCAUAGACCCCUUCACAUCCGAGGCCACGAGGAGGGCUGCGCAGGGCCAGUGUGGGGUCAACUGCUAG